AUGGCCCCCACAGCUACCAGUCAACAAGGCCACCACACCUACCAGUCAACAAGGCCACCACACCUACCAGUCAACAAGUCCACCACAGCAACCAGUCAACAAGGCCACCACAGCAACCAGUCAACAAGGCCACCACAGCUACCAGUCAACAAGGCCACCACACCUACCAGUCAACAAGGCCACCACACCUACCAGUCAACAAGUCCACCACACCUACCAGUCAACAAGGCCCCCACAGCUACCAGUCAACAAGGCCCCCACAGCUACCAGUCAACAAGGCCACCACACCUACCAGUCAACAAGGCCACCACACCUACCAGUCAACAAGACCCCCACAGCUACCAGUCAACAAGGCCACCACACCUACCAGUCAACAUGGCCCCCACAGCUACCAGUCAACAAGGCCCCCACAGCUACCAGUCAACAAGGCCCCCCACAGCUACCAGUCAACAUGGCCCCCACAGCUACCAGUCAACAAGGCCCCCACAGCUACCAGUCAACAAGGCCCCCCACAGCUACCAGUCAACAAGGCCCCCACAGCUACCAGUCAACAAGGCCCCCACAGCUUCCAGCUAA